UGCACUGCUUGGGAGUCACCCCGCAUUUUCUCUCGUUCUCUCUCUCAUGGCUGCUUGCAUCUCCUUUGUUCUCUUCGCCAUCGCCGUGUUCGUUGGUGUUCCUUCCUUCCUCUUCUUCUGCUCAGCAGAUGCCAACCUCUUGUCCGACGAGUCGCCUUACUCCAAGUCUCUUAUGAGUUCGGCAUUCGCUGAAUCCGAGUGGUUGGUGUCGGUGAGGAGGCGGCUCCACGAGAAUCCGGAGACUGCGUUCGAGGAGUACAACACAAGCGCGCUUAUCAGAGGGGAGCUCGACCGUCUCGGCAUACCUUACGACUUCCCGUUCGCGAAGACGGGAGUCGUCGCUAUCAUUGGUUCCGGCGAGUCCCCUGUCGUCGCUCUCCGCGCUGACAUGGACGCAAUCGAUGUGCAAGAAUCAAUUGAAUGGGAGCACAGGAGCAAGGUGGAGGGAAAGAUGCAUGGCUGCGGGCAUGAUGCUCAUACUGCAAUGCUUCUAGGUGCUGCGAAGUUGCUAAACCAACGCAAAGAACAUCUGAAGGGGACUGUGAGGUUGCUGUUUCAGCCUGCUGAAGAAGAUGGUGCAGGGGCAAGUCACAUGAUCAACGACGGUGCACUUGGGGAUGCUGAAGCGAUCUUCGGGAUGCAUAUUGAUCCUUCAUAUCCUUCAGGGACCAUUGCUUCUGUUCCUGGGGAGUUCAUUGCUGCAGUAUGCGCUUUUGAGGCUGAGAUUACGGGAAAAGGGGGCCAUGCCGCGUCUCCCCACUUGAACGUGGACCCCGUUAUUGCCACAUCAUUUGCCAUUUUAGCUCUGCAGCAGCUAACUUCCCGUGAAUCCGACCCUCUUCAUAUUCCGGUGAUAACUGUUACAUUUGUCCAAGGAGGUGAGGCGCUGAAUGCAAUUCCAUCAUCUGUAAAAUUUGGAGGUUCCAUACAGAGUUUUUCCACUGAAUGGCUGCACCAUCUCCGAAAAAGGGUGAAGGAGGUAAUUGAAAAUCAGGCUGCAGUACACCUUUGCAGUGCGACUGUGAUAAUGAAAGAUGAAGUGGGCGAUGAACCAAUCUAUCCUGCAGUUGUAAAUGAUGAGAACUUGCAUUACCAUGUUCAGCAAGUUGGAAACCUGUUGCUUGGUACAGAUCAUAUCUUGCUUGCGAACAAAGUGAUGGUUGGUGAAGACUUUGCUUUCUAUCAGCAGAUGAUCCCUGGCAUACUGUUCAACAUCGGCAUGUGGAACGAAACAAUAGGUUCUGUUUACAUGCCACAUUCUCCUUUGUUCUUUCUUGAUGAGGGGAUUCUUCCUAUUGGUGCCGCAAUGCAUACUGCAGUGGCUGAGCUUUAUUUGAACGGACAUGGGAAGGUGGGACACAGUGAAGUGCUAGAGGCAUAAUCAAACAGCAAUUUUUUACGUGGCAGCACACUGGCCUUAUUGAAUGGGCGGCGGAGAGGCAUGCUUGAUGGGUCUCCGUCCUGUCAAAUUUUUGCAAAUUAAAUUUUCCUGUUGCUCAGUGCAACCUGAUCCGGUUGUGUACGUGGGUUCUCAAGAGGACUGGCAUGACUUAUGUGCUUCAUGAGACGUGCUGCAUAAUACGUCAGUUGCUCGCAACUGGAAAGAAUUGAACAACCCUUCCAUUUUUAUUUGUUGAAAAGAAUUGGCCUUUUCAUGUCCUGUGCCAAGUAGACAUAAUGGUUUAAUGCAUAUGGUCCUUGUGAUGCUCUUUUAAGAAA